AUGCUACAAAUGCAAACUCAAAAGUUUCACAUCAUUCUACGAAUGCAGGGAUCUACAGUUAUUUGUCAUUCCGUGGUGCUGCAGCUGCCCCCUUACAAUGCUGUUCUCUUGCCCUGGCCCCUCUGCUUGGUUGAAACUGCAGCCCUGUUCUUCUCGGUGCUAGUCCCAGCCCCCAAGCAGCUCACGCUGGAGCGACAGCUGAACAAGAGCGUGCUCAUCGGCUGGAAUCCUCCAGACAAUUGCCCACCAUCUGCUAUAGAGAGCUACCACGUCUACGUUGAUGGUGUUCUCAAGACCACAGUUAAGGCAACAGAGCGGACGCGGGCACUCGUCGAGGGAGUUGACUCCACCAGGCCCCAUCGCAUCAGUGUUCGUUCAGUCACACCAAAUCGCCGUACUUCACGGGAUGCAGCAUGUACAAUGGUCAUAGGGAAAGAUGUACCUCUUGGUCCAACUAGUGUGCGUGCAAGCCGUGUCACCAGUUCAUCAGCUGUCAUCUCUUGGCUACCAAGCAACAGUAAUUAUCAACAUGUUGUAUGUGUCAACAAUGUGGAGGUUCGCACUGUAAAACCUGGAGUUUACCGGCACACAAUUACUGGCUUGGCUCCCAACACAGUUUACCGAGUGACAGUGAGGGCAAAAAACAUAAGAGCCCCACACUUUGAUGAGAAGAAUACUCAGCAAAUGGAACGGCUGUCUGCACACAUUGAUUUUCGCACACUACCAAAAGGCUGCAAAGGUCUGCCCGACCCUCCGGUUGACAUCCAAGUGGAGCCAGGCCCUCAGGAUGGAACCCUGCUAGUCACCUGGCUCCCUGUUACGAUCAACACAACAGCUCCGGUCACAGGCUAUGCAGUCUAUGCCGAUGGCAAGAAGGUCACUGAUGUUGACAGCCCAACAGGAGAUCAUGCCUUAAUAGAUGUAAAUAAGCUGCUUGGAUUAAACCCAAAGCAAGUGACUGUACGGACAAAAUCCCGAGACAGCCAGUCAACUGACAGUGUUCCCACUCCCAUACCCUCCAGUGCUCUGAAGGGCAAAACAGCAAAGUUAGUGAAACACUAUUUAUGUGCAUUUAUUUUUUACAUUUAUUUGUUUCCUGAUCCUUGUCAGUAUGUGAUUGCUUUAUGUUUGACAGUGUAUGAAGAAUAUGUAAAUGGUUUUUUUAAUCUUUAUUUUUAUUUUUACAUUGGAAUUAAAGAGCAACAGUCCCAAAAUAAUUGCUGUUAA